AUAUUGAUUAUUGUGGUUAUUCCGUAUUACCAAUGGCUAUUGAUCAAGAUAUUGUAUCUGUCUUUGCUAUAAAUGAUAACAAUGAAGUACAAAUUAAUAAUACCGAUGAAGUAUUUAAAACGGGUUCAUUUAACAUGGAAAAUUUUUCUAUUUCAUAUGAAAAGUCUGAUUGGUAUGAAUAUUUUAAAUGUGGUAUUCAAGGCAUUCGUGAUAAAUUUCCUGAUAUCAAAUUAAAAGGUAUGAAAGUAUUGAUUGAUGGAACAAUUCCACGUAGUGCUGGUCUUUCAUCCUCGUCAGCACUUGUUGUUUGUGCUGCUUUGACAACAGUUAUUGGUAAUAGAAUUAAUAUUAGCAAGACUGAUCUAGCAGAACUCUGCGCUGAAUGUGAAAAAUAUAU